CGCCAUUAAAGCAAACGAAGAAGAAGCGCAAGCAACAGACAACAAAAAACGGAACAAUUACCCCUGUUAGCUAAAAGACCACAUCAAAAUGUUAAAAGAGUUGGUAAAAGAGCGACUCAUGGCGGCGGCUGACGAAAUAUUCGAACUUUUUGAAAGAGCGAUAGCGUCGUACGAGGAGGAACUUUGUCGAACAAGAGAGGGCGAGAAGCGACAUCGACGACAUCCGGAAACUGUUUGCCAGACUCGAAGUGAGCUACGAAUUGAAGACGUCCAGAAGCCGUUUGAUCAUCAAGAAGAACGUCCCCCUCAGCUGCAGACGGUGAGGUCCACUUUGAAGCAGGAAGCUCCGCAGCCGCCCCACAUUAAAGAGGAAGAGGAGGAACGCUGGACCACUCAGAAGGGUCUUCAAUACCCGGAGGAGACUAAUCCUGAUCCUGAUCUCACCAAGUUGCCACAGACAGUUGUCUCUGUGAAGACUGACGACCAUGAAGAGAAACCACCUUCACUGCUCCAUCUCGGUCCAAAUGAGAACAACAACAGCAGCAGCUUAACUCAACACAUGACAACAGAAGCUGACUGGGACCAUUAUGGAGCAUCACAAGCAGAUAACGACCACACAAUGUCUCAAUGCUCUGCCGAAGAACCUUUGAGCAGCGACGCAGACUGUGAAGGUGCUAUGAGGACUCGAACUGACAACAAACACCCUGAAUGUUCUACAAAGAAGACAGGGAAAAAAAGCUUUUCCCAUAAGAACACAAGGCCGCACGCAGAAGAGAAACCUUUUAGUUGCUCAAUUUGCGGCAAAACAUUCUUGGAGGCGUCAACUAUGCUCACACACCUGACGACACACACUGGAGAGAAACCAUUUUCUUGUUCAUUUUGCGUGAAAACAUUCUCCCGACGGAACAUUUUAGCAGCACACAUGCGGACGCACACCGGAGAAAAACCUUUUAGUUGCUCGGUUUGUGCUCAAACGUUCGCCCAGAAGGUAAAUAUGACAACACAUAUGAGGAGACACACUGGAGAAAAACCAUUUACAUGUUCAGUGUGCGAUAAAAGGUUCACUCAUAAGGUGACCAUGGUAAAACACAUGAGAACACACACAGGAGAAAAACCGUACGUUUGCUCCGUUUGUGAUAAAGGGUUCACUACCAAGACAAAUAUGCUCACACACUUGAGAAAUCAUGCAGGAGAAAAUCAUUGAUUGACAAUUCCUUUGAAUAAAAUGUCUCUGGGCGGCACGGCGGUCUGGUGGUUAGUGCGCAGACCUCACAGCUAGGACACCAGGGUUCGGUCCCCGCCCUCGGCCAUCUCUGUGUGGAGUUUGCAUGUUCUCCCUGUGCAUGCGUGGGUUUUCUCCGGGUACUCCGGUUUCCUCCCACAAUCCAAAAACAUGCUAGGUUAAUUGGCGACUCCAAAUUGUCCAUAGGUAUGAAUGUGAGUGUGAAUGGUUGUUUGUCUAUAUGUGCCCUGUGAUUGGCUGGCGACCAGUCCAGGGUGUACCCCGCCUCUCACCCGAAGACAGCUGGGAUAGGCUCCAGCACCCCCCGCGACCCUCGUGAGGAAAAAGCGGUAGAAAAUGAAUGAAUGAAUGAAUGAAAAUGUCUCUUGUCGCACACACUCAUAAACACACAAAGAAAAAUUACAAAAAUAAUGGCAUAAUAUGAGGAAAAAAUGACUUCAUUUUAAUUAAAUAAAAGUUGAAAUAUAAAAUUUUGACGUUAUUUGUAAUAUUGUAAAAAAACAAAACAAUGAAUAUUGUUGUAAUAAUUUAAGUUGUGGAAAGAAUAUUAAAAUAAAGUCAGAAAAUGUACAAUAUUUGGAAAAACAGCAAAAAUAAAAUUAAUAAAACUCUGACUAUACGACUUUUAUUAUAACAUUUAUGAUAAAAGUUGUACAUUUAUGAGAAGUCAUAAAAGUCCCCCCUUCUCAUAGCUGUCUUAGGCAAUGCCUGCUGUGGCGCAGUAUAAAAAUAAUCAGAGAUUUUGAAAAUAAAGUUGAAAAUUUACAAGUAAAAACUCUGAUUUAUGAGAAUAAAUUUAUUGAUAAUAAAAGUCGUAGAUUUGCGAGGAUAAAGUCAUAAAAGUCCCCCCUUGUCAUAGCUGUCUCA